AUGCGGGGUGUGCAAAUAUUUUCGGGUAACUCCCAUCCUGUUCUCGCAGAGACCAUCUGCGAACGGUUGGGCACUUCGCCCGCCAAAGCAGACCUCGGUAAAUUCGCCAACGGUGAAACGAGUGUCAACAUCGGAGUCUCCGUACGGAACCAGGAUGUCUACAUUAUUCAGAGUGGUAGCAGCAAGAUCAAUGACAGCGUAAUGGAGCUUCUGAUCAUGAUCUCUGCUUGCAAGGGUGGUUCGGCCAAGUCUAUUACUGAGGAUGCUGACGCGCAGACGAGGUACUUUCCCUACUCGCGCCAAUCCAAGAAGAAGAGCCACCGUGGCGCCAUCACGGCCCGUAUGCUUGCCAACCUACUUUCCAUCGCCGGUGUUGACCACGUCAUCACAAUGGACCUACAUGCAUCUCAGAUGCAAGGCUUCUUCGGAAAACCCGUCGAUAACCUCUUCGCCGAACCGUUUAUUGCCCGCUGGAUCCGGAUGAACGUCGCUGGCUGGAGGGACGGAGUUGUCGUUAGUAAGAAUGCUGGUGGUACUAAACGGGUUACAUCGUUGGCCGAUACCCUGAAAUUGAACUUUGGUAUUGUUACUACAGACCGCCGACGUCCGAAGGUUCCGGUGACCAUGUCCGACAGCACCGUCUUCUUUGACGCUAUGGACGAGGAUCACCGACCCAGAGACCAACAGCCCUUUGAACUUCACUUACACAGUGCAAAUGCCACGCCGCCCAUUCCCGAGGAGCCUGAAAAUCUUAGCCCUGCCGGUUCUCUGCUGCGCCCUGAAACCCCCUCUGGUGCCCGUCGGCCAUCUGAGCUGGAGGCUGCUCAUGAGUACACCGAUGUGCGGGUGCAAGAUGUGGUGACCGGUCGUUUGGUGCAAGGCCAGCUGGUUGACGAUGACUACCUCCCUGGUUCUGAGUCACAGUCUGGCGGUACUACCCCAGGAGCUGGUGCUGGUAGCGAUGCCGUUGAAAACACGGAAGUCGUCCCAGAGACCAUGAUUAACUCCAUGAUCUCUACUAACUCCUCUCUGCCCCCAGACCAUGCUUUGGGAGGCUCCUUUGAUGCAGUUGAGUCUGACGACGACGAAGCUAGCGUCGCUGGUGGCUUUGGCUUCGACCACGAAAAGACCAUCACUCUGGUUGGUGAGGUGCGCGAUCGACCUGUGUUCAUUGUGGAUGACAUGAUUGACAAGAGUGGAUCCUGGAUCGCCGCUGCUGAGACUGUUGUCAAACGCGGUGGUGCUCGCAAGGUGUAUUGCAUUGCCACUCACGGUCUGUUCGGGGCCGAUUCUCUCGACCAGCUGGAAGAAUGUCCCUCCAUUGAUCACAUUGUCGUGACAAACACUUUCCCAAUUUCGCCGUCGAUGCUGAAGCGGUCAAAGAAGUUGAUUGUCAUUGACGUUUCGACUCUCCUUGCUGAAAGCAUUCGGCGGCAUCACUACGGUGAAAGCGUCUCGGCUCUCUUCCACCUUCAUGAUUGA